UGAAGAAUGGCUUUCAAUAACAACAAAGGUGAAUUCGAUUUUCCGUUCGCAAUCAAGGAAAUCGAUCCGGAUAUCAAUCAGCAGUUGCUCAGAGACUUCCGUGGUAAGAAUAUGUUGCGGAAAAUUGCUAAAAGCGAGAAGACGGGAUUUGUCCAAGUCGGUGAGGAGAAGUGGUUCUUUCCCAGUCAGUACAGCGAAAUGGCGCAACACUUUUACAACUUCCAAGCGCGCCAGGAUGACAUCUGGGUGGCCACAUUUCCACGCUCUGGCACCACGUGGACGCAGGAGUUGGUCUGGAUGAUUGCCAAUGAUCUGGACUACGUUGCGGCACAGCGAGAGCCACUCACGAAGCGCUUUCCCUUCUUCGAGUUCGCCAUGUUUCUGCAUCCCGAGACGAAGGCCGAACUGAUGCAGCUCAAUGUGGAUUCGCCACAGCGACAGGCCUUCGUGGAGGAGAUCUCUGUGCCAGCGUACAAGUUUCUGCCGCACAUCACCGGCAGGCGCUUCAUCAAGACACACUUCCCAUUCUCCCUCAUGCCGCCCAGCGUCUUGAGUUCGGGUGCGAAGAUUGUGUACGUGGCCAGAAAUCCACGAGAUGUUCUCGUGUCAUUCUACCACCUGAAUCGCCUGUAUCGCUCUCAGGGCUACAUUGGUGACUUCGCCACGUACUGCGAGUACUUUGAGGAGAAUCUGGCGCCGUGGAUGCCCUACUGGAGUCACAUUCGCGAGGGAUGGGAGAACAGGAAUCAUCCCAAUGUGCUCUUUAUGUUCUACGAAGACAUGAAUCGUGAUCUCGCGGCCACAAUUAGGCACGUCGCUGACUUCCUGGGCAAAUCCCUGACAGAUGCCCAAGUGGAGAGACUCAGGCAGUAUCUGAGCAUUGAGGAGUUUCGCAAGAAUGACGCAGUAAAUUGCACGGAGCUCAAGAGCAUUCACUUGCUGAACAGUGGCGAACAGGGAUUCGUGAGGCGUGGGAAGAGUGAUGGAUGGAGUGAAGAAUACACACCGGAAUUGAGGGAGAGAGUUACCAAGUGGAUAUUGAAGCAUUCCAAGGAGUUACCAUUCAAAUUUCCAUGCGAUCUUGUAUAAAAAAACCGCGUUUAGAGAUGGUUUUUUUCUGGGUUUCGAGUGUUUAUCGCCAAUAAAUGUUACAA